UGAAUCGUAUCAGGAGGGGAGGGGGGGCUGAAUUGCCCAAAAAAAAAAUCCUCCCAAUUGAGGUGCACAUCCGGAGUCUCGUCGGACCCUCUACCUUUUUUUUAAGAGGUCCAUUUUUUAACCUUAGUUUUUUUUUUUUUUUUUACUGUUGUUAUUACUGUUAAUUUAUUCUUUUUUUCCCUUUCCUCGCUGGUUUAUGGUUUACACUCCGGGAGGGCAGAAAUGGCGGCCAACAUGUACCGGGUCGGAGAUUAUGUAUUCUUUGAGAACUCCUCCAGUAACCCGUAUCUGAUCCGCCGAAUAGAAGAACUCAACAAGACGGCCAGUGGGAAUGUGGAAGCCAAGGUGGUAUGUUUCUACAGAAGGAGAGACAUCUCCCACAGCCUCAUCCAGCUCGCCGACAAACAUGCAAUGGAGUUGGAAGAUGAGAAGGAGAACCCAACAGAGACAGAUCUAUCAGAAAAACAGAAACACCAGCUUCGUCACAGAGAGCUCUUCCUCUCCCGGCAGUAUGAGAGUCUACCUGCAACACACAUCAGGGGGAAGUGCAGUGUCGCAUUACUGAAUGAGACUGAAGCCGUUCUUUCAUACCUUGACAAAGAGGAUACCUUCUUCUAUUCGCUGGUGUACGACCCGACGCAGAAGACCCUGCUGGCGGACAAGGGAGAGAUCCGAGUGGGACCUCGCUUUCAGGCAGACGUACCUGAAAUGCUACAAGAGGGUGAGGCAGAUGACAGGGACCAGUCGAAGCUCGAAGAAAAGCUCUGGGAUCCGGAGUGUCCGCUCAGCAGCAAACAGAUAGACCAAUUCCUAGUAGUGGCACGAGCGGUUGGGACCUUUGCUAGAGCGUUGGACUGCAGCAGCUCAGUCAGACAACCAAGUUUACACAUGAGUGCAGCUGCAGCCUCGAGAGAUAUCACAUUGUUCCACGCGAUGGACACACUGCAUCGCCAUAACUACGACCUGUCCAGUGCGCUGAGUGUGCUGGUCCCGGCGGGCGGCCCUGUGCUCUGCAGGGAUGAGAUGGAGGAGUGGAGCGCAUCGGAAGCCGCCAUGUUUGAAGAGGCACUAGAGAAAUACGGAAAAGACUUCAACGACAUUCGACAAGACUUUCUGCCAUGGAAGUCUCUGACCAGUAUCAUAGAGUACUACUACAUGUGGAAGACCACAGAUAGAUAUGUUCAACAGAAGAGACUGAAGGCAGCAGAGGCAGAGAGCAAACUGAAGCAGGUUUAUAUCCCCACGUAUAACAAACCCAACCCCAACCAGAUCUCAGUGACCAAUGGCAAGAUGGCGACAGUGAAUGGAGCGGGCCCCGGGGCCUUCCAUGCAACAGGCGGGGGCCGAGCCUGCGAGAGCUGCUAUUCCAUGCAGUCGGCCCAGUGGUACUCGUGGGGGCCUCCCAACAUGCAGUGUCGUCUCUGCGUAGCCUGCUGGAUGUACUGGAAGAAGUACGGCGGCCUGAAGAUGCCGAGCAGAGCAGAAGCCCCGGAGGAGAGGACCUCACCGGUUCCGCCAAGCAAUGAGUUUCGCUCACGAGGUCACGCUCCCCGCCAGUCCAACCACAUGGUGCCGAUGCGGAACAGUGGCAGCCCCAAGUCCAACAUGAAGACCAAGCAGGCCUUCCUGCUGCAGGCCACCCGCCUCACCAAGCUGGCCCGGCACAUGUGCCGUGACAUCAUCAGGCUGCGCCGUGCCGCACGCCGGCCCUUUGUCCCCAUUAACUGUGGGGCCAUAAAGGCAGAGUACAUGUUAAGGGUGUCAGAAUGGCAGGGGACCCGCCUGCCCAAAACCAGGGCCGCCCAAAGGAGCACUCUGACCAGUGUCGUGCAGUUUCUAGAGUCCCGUCCCGCAGCCCAAGCCCCUCGCUCCCACCGCACCCCGGGCCUGCAGACGCCCCCCCCUCGACGCCUGCUCUCCUCUCUCCCGCACGGUCCCCAUGGCAUGCUGGGAAAACGCGGCUACCACCACCACAGCCGGGCUGAGCCUGACAGGCGCUCAGGUAGUAACCCUGCACCACUGAAUCCAUAUUAUUUAAUUGUGUUUUUGCAGCACAACGGCCGUACCAGCAGCAGUGGCAACAGCCGAGGAGGGAUGAUGAUCCGCAAGAGGCGCCCCAACUGGAUCGAUGCCCCCGAUGACAGCUUCUUCCUCGUCACCCGGGAGACCAGGAGGGCCAGGCGGCUGCUGUCCCGCUCUCAGCUGAGGCACGCCUGUCGGCAGCCCUGCGAGCUGAUCACCCUGCGCAGGGCUUCCCAGGGUCCCCCGCAGGGGCUCGUCCUGGCGCCACCACACCCUCACCCCAGCCUGAGAAUGCGAGGCCCCAUCGUCAUCCACGACUGA